UGUAAUUUGUUGGAAAAACAUUAUUUAGAUACUAUCUAAAUAAAUCUCAACUUGUUAUGGACGACAAUGCAACUGAUUUCACUAAAAACGAUAAUUUUGAAAGUUGGACAUCUAGCGGAGACAUAAGUUCUACAUCGGACUUCAUGAUGCCGGUGGAAGAGACUAUUGGCCAAAAGAGACCUUACCCUGGUCUGCAGUAUGGCGCUCCUCCCGCAAAGCGUACGCCCACCAUACGCCUUGGUGCUGGCUUCAAAUGGAACUUGCAGGCACUUGCCCAAGCCGCCAACGCUGUGGAAACGGGCGGCAAAUCGCCAGUGUCAGCCCUAAACGAGCUAGGGGUCAAGGUCACCUACAGCGUACUUAGACAAGGCGGCCCAGCGCACUGUCCAAGCUUCACGGUCGCUGUUACGGUGGCAGACAUGAUAUUCGAAGGCUGGGGCCACAGCAAGCGAGAUGCGCGCGCCUCGGCCGCCCGCGCUUGCCUCGCGGCGCUCCUCGCCCGCGCCGGCCGCGUGCUGCCCGAGGCAGAGCCACGAGACUUCACUAGCGACGAGCCGAGACCUCCACCGUCAGACUUCCAAUGUCUGGAGGCGAAGGCGAAACAAGCUGAGGUUGAAGCGAAGCCAGCCACUCCACCAGCCCCUCCACCCCCCUCCGCAGCGACAGCCCUUUUCGGGGCCUCCGGGGCUUCCACGGCCCACAAGAGCCCCAUCAACUCUCUCUAUGAGACCUGCCCCGGACUAACCUUCCUCUGCACCUUCGGGGAUGGAUCCUCACUCGACCAGCCCAAUGCUCCUCUUCAACUUAGCCACAGCAUGCGUUUCAAGGUCGUCUGCCAGAUCAAGGACCAGACAUUUGAAGGAUACGGAUCAAGCAAGAAGCUUGCGAAGCUAGCGGCGGCUAGGGCUGCGCUAGCGGUGUUGGACGAGGGCAAGACCCCCGCCGCCGCGCCCACCGGCGCCGAGCCGGGCUGCUUACCGCAACCGAGGGCGGAUACUAUCGGCAAACUGGUGAAUGAGAAGUUCCACGAAAUCAUGAAAGGAGACCUGGUGCAUUCAAAGAGAAAGGUCUUGGCUGGCAUUGUCAUGACUAUCGACAAUAGACCCAACGACUCCAAGGUGAUUGCAGUAACUACAGGCACGAAGUGUGUGUCAGGCGAGCAUAUGUCGGUACGAGGAAGGGCUGUCAACGAUUGUCACGCCGAGGUGGCAGCACGGCGUUGCUUACAGCGACAUCUGUACGCACAACUUCUCAUGUACGCGGAGGCUAAAGAUCCAACAGUCCCAAUACCGGAAUCGGACUUAGAGCCGGUCCCGGGCGGCGGUUACCAGUUGAAACCGGACCGGCAGCUACAUCUAUACGUCAGCACGGCGCCGUGCGGCGACGGACGAAUCUUCAGCCCGCACGAACAACCGGACCCCACGCCGGACCGCCAUCCGAACAGAUUGGCCCGUGGUCAACUAAGAACGAAGAUUGAAUCCGGUGAAGGCACUAUCCCCGUCAAAAACUGCAGCAACAUCAUACAGACCUGGGAUGGAGUUAUGCAGGGCGAGCGACUCCUAACCAUGUCGUGUUCGGACAAAGUUUGCCGCUGGUGCGUGGUGGGUAUGCAGGGGGCGCUACUGUCGCGACUCAUUCGGCCUGUCUACCUGAGCUCACUGGUCCUUGGCUCACUGUUACAUCCGCAUCACAUGUAUCGCGCGAUCUGCGGCCGCAUAGAGACGCAGCUCCAAUCAUUACCCCCUCCAUUCCGCCUGCAGCGCCCCCUACUGGCGCGCGCGGCCAGCACCGAAGCCAGGACUCCUGCAAGAGCGCCUUCCUUCAGCGUCAGCUGGUGUUCCACGUCCCCUCUGCCUGAGGUAGUCAACGCUACGACAGGGAAACUGGAAAGCGGACAGCCGUCACUUCUCUGCAAGCAGAGCAUGUUUGCUCGCUGGCAGUACCUUGUGAAGCGACUGCCUUUGCUACCUCAGGACCCGAACGGCGUAGACCCCACGCCUCUGCCGCCUGAUGUCGACCAGCUAUUGUACAACGAGGCCAAGCAGCUCUGUCCCGCAUACCAGGUGGCCAAGGAGCGACUAAUCGAAGCGUUCGACAAAGCCAAGCUCGGGCGCUGGAUCAAGAAGCCGAUAGAGCAGGAUCAGUUCGUGUGCGAGAUCCGCGACGCCGCGCCCGCCGCGCUCUUCGCCUAGGACCGCGCGCCCCCCUGUAGCGCCGUGC